CUCUCUCUCUCUCAUCCUAUCUCUAUCUGUCUCUCUUUCUCUCUCACUCCUUUCCCGCUCCUUCUCUAAUCUCAGUUUUUGACCUAUUGUAUGGUGUCUCCGACGGGAUAGAGAAGAGAAGGAAACAAUAAUGGGGGGUGAGAAUGUGGACAGUUCUUCUCCGGACAGGGAACUACAACAAAAUGCCACUUUAAAGCUCGACGAUUACGAGGAAGAGGAGACGACUGGUAGUAAGAACACUCAGAUCGCCACACCUCUAUCCAAAUUCGAGGAUUCACCUGUCUUCAAUUUUCUGAAUAAUCUGUCACCAAUCAAGCAAGUUAAAUCUCUACAUAUUACUCAGACGUUUAAUCCUCUGACUUUCGCAUCCAUUCCAUCGGUUUUCUCUUCGCCCCACGUUUCCUCUCUUAAGGAUUCUAGAUUUCUCCGAAGGUCUCAGAUUUCAGAUCCUUACAAGCCGGAAUUCUCCUACUCCGACGAGCCCUUCCAUGUCGGGGCAAUUAAGGACUAUUCCUAUGAUCCUGCCGGAAUAUCCGCCGGAGAUUCCCCGGCGCCCGGGCAAUCCUUCGUCGGAGGUUGUUCGAAUGAUUCUGGAAAUUCGCUGCCGCUUGUCCCUUUCCUGCAAGCCUCGCCGCCGGCGCCGGAGCCGGCGCCGGAGGUCACGGCGAAUCGCGGUGAUCAGAAUAAAGAAGCUGCAUUGUCUGAAUGGGAUAGCUUGAUUUCCGAAACCUCGGAUUUGUUCAUAUUUGAAUCGCCGGUUUACACCGAUCCUUGCAAGAAUUCGAUCGCCGGAGUUGACAGUGCCAUUCAAAAAAACGUUCAUUUGUUCGGUUCCGGCGAAGAAAUCGGCGAGGGAAGUGAAAUGCAGCACAUAUCUACACAACCCGGCGACAAAAUCGAUAUUCUAGAACCUUCCGGGGCUGCCGGCGGGAUCGCCGCUCCUUCGAUGAUCGAUCCUAACGAAAAGAAUCUUGGUUUUCAUCGAGGUUUACGACGGCGGUGCUUGGUUUUCGAUAUGGCGGGUGUCCUAAGAACGCAUGUCGACGAAAAUCCGUCGUCGGAUCCUUCCGAUGUUUCGUCGAAUAGCGAGAAGGCUGUCUUGAUUAGGACAGACAACGCUUCUUCUCGAAGUGCUUUACCGGGGAUCGGCUUGCAUUUGAAUACCCUCGCCGCCGCUACUCCUAAUUACGUCAUCGUAAAUCAAGAUUCCGCGGCUCCGGGAACAUUAGUCGUUGGACCUAGCUCGUCGAAAACCGGUCAAGAAUUGCUUGACUCCACGUCAACGUUACCGCUCGUUGUAUCGUCCAAUAACGAAGAAAUUAACGCCGCCGAAGAUUCAAUCCUUCCCGCCGUCGACGAUUCUUCCGCGCCGAAUGAAGAGAACAAUCUUAGUACUAGUCCUAAGAAGAAGAGGCACCGGCUGGAUGGCGACGGCGACGGAGAAGCGUGCAAGCGGUGUAACUGCAAGAAAUCGAAAUGCCUGAAACUUUAUUGCGAUUGCUUUGCCGCCGGCGUUUACUGCAUCGAGCCAUGCGCGUGUAUCGAUUGCUUUAACAAACCCGUUCACGAAAACACCGUAAUUUCGACGCGCAGACAGAUCGAGUCGCGAAAUCCUCUCGCGUUCGCGCCAAAAGUGAUACGAGGAAACGACGCUCUUUCAGACGCCGCGGACGACUCGAGCAAGACUCCGGCUUCGGCUCGACACAAACGAGGUUGCAACUGCAAGAAAUCGGGUUGCCAGAAGAAAUACUGCGAAUGCUAUCAGGGCGGAGUCGGUUGCUCGGUUAACUGCAGAUGCGAAGGAUGUAAGAACGGAUUCGGUAGAAAAGACGGCGGCGGGUCGAUCUUUGCCACCAUGGAAGUUGAAGCUGAAGAAGGUGAAAAACCAGAAGCCAAAAACGUCGAUCCCGGAAUUCCGGCGACGCCUAUAACAUCCGUAAGGCAAUCGGGAAGUCUCGUGAUUCCUUCCAAGAAAAGGCCCCCGCGAUCUUCUUUCCCCCCGACCGGCAAAGGUGGUAAUAAGGAUAAUCCGGAUAUUCAGACACAGGCGAAGACAGACGCCGAAAAAACGGCCGAGGAUGUUAGAGAGGAGAUACCUGAGUUUCUGCAAGAGGGGAGUUCGGCAGGCGGAGUUCAGUCGACGUCGCCUAACCGGAAAAGGGUUUCGCUGCCGCGGAUGUCGCCGGAAUUGCGCAGCAGCCGGAAGCUGAUACUUGAGUCGAUACCGUCGUUCCCGUCGCUUUCGCAGAAUCAGUGAGGUUAUUUCUUCUUCUUCUUCUUCUUGUUCUUGAUGAGAGGUUUUCUGAGAGGUGAAUUGUUCUUGAUGACUUGUUCUUUGUCUAUCUUAGUUUAGACUCACAGUAAGGUUAGUUUUUGUUUCAUUGCAUUCGCUACUUUAGGACUUCUUAUAUGGUCAUAAUAAUACAACUGGAUUUUAGAA